AUGACACAAACAUAUAAAUACGCUGCAGUUGCGUCACCCUGCGAGUAUAAGAGAGAGAGAGAGAGAGAGAGAGAGAGAGAGAGAGAGAGAGAGAGAGAGGAGAGAGAGAGAGAGAGAGAGAGAGAGAGAGAGAGAGAGAGAGAGAGAGAGAGAGAGAGAGAGAGAGAGAGAGAGAGAGAGAGAGAGAGAGAGAGAGAGAGAGAGAGAGAGAGAGAGAGAGAGAGAGAGAGAGAGAGAGAGAUCAUUGCGUGA